AUGGAAAUCCAGUCCUUCAAUGACGAGGAGGACGAUCAGAUGCACAUCGAGCCGCCAGAAGUGCGGAAAGCUCCUUAUACUAUCAUGAACAGAGGAGAGAUAGAACUCCGACAGAAGAGUGUCAUUAGCGAGGCUUCGGAGCUCCUGCAAGUGUCCACUGAGGACGGCUUCGUGCUUCUCCGAGAAUACCGCUGGGACCUGCUAAGGUUGCAGGAGGCGUGGUUUGACAAUGACCAGAAGGUGCGAAAUCGUUGCGGAUUGAGCACCUCUUGUCCGUCGCCUGCACCAUCUUCCGUAAAGUCAGGCCCCAAGACGUGUUCCAUCUGCAUGUCCGCCAUCGACGACUUGAUAGCUCUGGACUGCGCGCACGGCUUCUGUGCAGAAUGCUGGAGGGGCUAUCUCCAAACGCAGGUGGACGACGGAAAAUCUGCGGUGCAGACACGUUGCCCGCAGCACAAGUGCAAUCGGGUAGUUCCGACAUCCUUCUUCGGGCGCUUUUGCGACGAAGAGCGGCAGAAGAAGUACCAGGAGUGGUGCUUGCGGACCUACGUGGACGAGAAUGCUGCUGUGAGGUGGUGUCCCAAUCCCGUAGGCUGUCAAUAUGCCUGUGAAUAUCCAGGCGUUGAGAUCGUUGACGUUCAGUGCAGCUGCAGCUUUAUUUGGUGCUGGGGUUGCGGCGAAGAGGCUCACAAGCCGGCCAGCUGCCAGACUGUCAACCAGUGGAAUGUGAAGAACUCCGCGGAGUCAGAGAACAUCAGCUGGAUUCGGGCGCACACAAAGAAGUGCCCCAAGUGCCACAAGCCCAUCGAGAAGAACCAGGGCUGCAACCACAUGGUGUGCUCGAAGGCGGGCGGCUGUGGCCAUGAAUUCUGCUGGCUCUGCCUGGGCGAUUGGUCUACUCAUGGCACGUCCACCGGAGGGUAUUACCAGUGCAACAUCUACGACAAGCAGUCAAAGGAGGGAAAGCACGCUGACGAGGAGCGGUGCAGGCUGAAAGCGAAGCACGCCCUCGACAAGUACAUGUUCUAUUUCGAGCGAUUUAUGGACCACGACCGUGGCAUGAAGCUCACAGUAACCGAAGAGCAGGACAUCGAGGGGAAAGUGCAGAAGCUUCACGAUGACCAUGGCUUCGAGAUCAUUGAGCUUCAGUUUCUCUACGAUGCCCUUCGGCAAGUGAGAGCCUGCCGGCGCGUCCUCAAGUGGACAUACGUCUACGGCUACUACCUGGACGACUCUAGUGAAAAGAACCUUUUCGAGUUCUUGCAGAAAGACUUGGAAAAGAACACGGAUUGUUUACACGAGAUGUUGGAGAAGGACUUCGACCGAAUGUUCUUCAACCCGGCAGAAGGACAGCAACUUUCACAGGCAGACGUGCACCAGAAUUUUAAGGUCUUCCGUAGCCACGCCACAAACUACACAAAUGUCACACAGAAGUUCAUGGACAAGGUUCUGAAAGAUCUUGGAUCGGACAGUGGCCUUGGGCAGAAGAUGCUCGGGCAGAGCAGCUCCAGUUGA